CCCGAAGCAUUAAUUUCAUUCUGCGACGUACGUUCUUCCCAAUCGAUCUUAACUACUGCAGGUGAUCACCAAAACUGCUGCAUUUACUAUUUUUCUUGAGCGUUCAUUAAUGGCUGAUCAUCUGAAAGUUCAUCCCGUCCACGAUGUUGAGGCGCCCCAGACAAGCCCGAAGUCUCCGUUGGUUCCACCGGGGACGUCUAAAUCCGAUAAAGUCGCAGAGGUGCAGCACCAGCACCCAGCUCCAUUCCAACCGACCAUCCCCGUGACGCAAUCAAAACCACCAAAGAAGAAGAGAAGCUGCCUCUGUAGAUGCCUCUGUUGGACAGUAUGCCUCCUAGUGCUCCUAAUAAUCAUCAUCGGUAUUAUUGUUGGGAUAAUCUUCCUGGUGUUCCGACCAAAGCUUCCCAAGUACUCGGUUGACACGAUACAAAUUACCCAAUUCAAUCUCAGCAGCGAUGACAGCUUAUACGCGACGUUCAACGUGACGAUCACUGCAAGGAAUCCAAACAAGAAGAUUGGAAUAUACUAUGAGGGUGGGAGCAAUAUAGGUGUGUGGUACACAGACAGAAAACUAUGCCAAGGAGCACUGCCAAAAUUCUACCAGGGACACCGGAACACGACGGUGCUUAACGUGGCUAUGACAGGACAAACGCAGAACGCGACAGGCCUGCUGACUACACUCCAACAGCAGCUGCAACAGACGGGAGGUGUUCCACUCACUCUUAGGGUUAAUCAGCCAGUGAGGAUAAAGCUUGGAAAAUUGAAGCUGUUUAAGAUCAAGUUCAGGGCCAGGUGCCGUCUGGUGGUGGAUAGCCUUUCUCCUAAUAACGGAAUUUCUACUCGCAGUACGAGCUGUAAGUUCAGGCUUAGGCUAUAGAUCGAUUAUAAUUAUUUCCUGUAUUUUAGUACGUACGUAUAUCUUAUAUAUAUUAUGCCAUGGCUGUAUUUUUUCACAUUUUUUAUUUUU